AUGGCUCCUGUCGGUGCUGGUCUUUGGCGCACAUUGCGCGCGCACCAAGUCUAUGGUGCCAACACGGACGUCGGGAAGACAAUCGUCUCGACCGUGCUGUGCAAUGCUGUUCAGAGGCAGGAACAGAGGGCAGCAUUCCUGAAACCCGUCUCGACAGGAUCGCUGGAUGAUGCUGAUGAUCGGCAUCUGAAGCGCUAUGGGGUGGGAACCUUGACCAAGUGCCUCUACCAAUUCGAUGAACCGGUUAGCCCGCAUAUUGCAGCGAGGCAGAAGACCAUCCCUCGAGAUGAUGAUCUGCUCGCAUCUAUUCAUAAGACACUGUCUGACUGGGCCCGAACGGACAUCGACUUCGCCCUAGUUGAGACUGCGGGUGGAGUGCACUCACCAGGCCCCAAUGGAAACUCCCAAGCAGAUCUAUAUCGACCACUGCGACUGCCGAUUGUCCUUGUGGCUGACUCACGCCUAGGGGGCAUUUCUUCCUCCAUUUCCGCAUAUGAGUCCCUCCUGCUCCGAGGAUAUGACGUUCAAUCAGUAUUAUUGUUCCGCGACAAUUAUUAUCAAAACCAUGAGUAUCUUGGAGACUUCUUCCGCAACAAAAGCAUCCCCCUGGUGCCAUUGCCAGCUCCGCCUGCAAGACCAUCCCAGACGGAUGCCAGCGCGCUGGCCAAAGACGAAGAAGCCAUGUCUGCAUAUUACCAACGCGUCUCGCGAGAGUCAGAUAUCAUGCGUUUGCUUGAAGAAAUGAAUGCCAGGAACACUGAAAGAAUUGAACGCCUGGAAGAAAUGGCCAGCCGUGCUCAAGACCUGAUCUGGUACCCCUUCACCCAGCACCAUGGCAUGCGCCCAAAGGAUAUCACUGUGAUUGACUCUGCGCAUGAUGAUUUCUUCCAAACAUUUGGCUCCAGUCGUUCAGAGAAGCCAGACAGCGAGCUUCGCCCUACCUUUGAUGGCUCGGCUUCUUGGUGGACUCAGGGUCUGGGCCAUGGUAACCCCGAAUUGUCGUUGUCCGCAGCCUAUGCCGCUGGUCGGUAUGGCCAUGUGAUGUUCGCAGGUGCGGUGCAUGAGCCAGCGCUUGCUCUCGCUGAUAACUUGUUAAAGACCCUCGAUAACCCACGCUUCGCCAAAGUGUUUUAUACGGACAACGGUAGUACUGGCAUGGAAGUCGCACUGAAAAUGGGUCUUCGUGUGUCUUGCGACCGGUAUGGUUGGGAUGCUGCAAAGGAACAGAUCAGCAUUUUGGGGCUCAAGGGUAGCUACCACGGAGACACCAUCGGCGUGAUGGAUUGCUCUGAGCCAUCAACAUACAACAAGAAGGUUGAGUGGUACCGUGGCCGUGGCCACUGGUUUGACUUCCCUUUGGUCAAGAUGGUGGAUGGACAAUGGAAGGUAGAAGUUCCCGCAGACUUAAAGGCUGAGCUUGGUUCAGAUGUGGAGUUUGACUCCCUCGGCUCGGUGUUUGAUCUCCAGACCCGCCUAAGCUCCGAGACGAGUCUGCGUUACAAGGAUUAUAUUCGCAAAACUAUCAAGGAUCUGGUACACCGCCACGGGAUGAAAUUCGGUGCUCUCAUUCUAGAGCCUGUCAUCUUGGGUGCCGGAGGCAUGCUUUUCUGCGAUCCUCUCUUCCAACGAUGCUUGACUGAUGUCGUUCGUGACCACCCGGAACUGUUCUCACCCAACCCUCCGUCGCCUAAGGAUGCGUCAUCUUGGUCAGGCCUGCCAGUCGUUUUUGACGAGGUCUUCACUGGUCUCUACCGACUUGGUCGCCCGACAUCAGCAUCCUUCCUCGGCGUGCACCCCGAUAUUGCCGUAAACGCAAAGCUCCUCACUGGUGGCCUGAUCCCCCUGUGCACAACAGUUGCUAGCCAAGAGAUCUUCGAUACCUUCUCCAGCCCCGAGAAGAGCGAUGCCCUCCUUCACGGUCAUAGUUAUACCGCCCACGCAGUGGGAUGUACUGUUGCUGUUGACUCACUGAAAGCCAUGUCCGACAUGGACAGCAACGGCUCAUGGGAGAAAUUCAAGACCGACUGGAGCCAAAAGGACAUGGCUCCCGCGAAUGCAUCUGUCCCAGAUGUGUGGAGUGUGUGGUCCCAAAGUCUCCUGCAAGAUCUUUCCCGUGCCGAGUCUGUAGAAAGUGUUUUCGCAAUUGGCACUGUGCUCAGCAUCUCGCUCCGUGAUGCCCAGGGUGGUGGUUACACUUCCACCGCGGCCAAGGGAUUGCAACAGCAGCUUGCUAUUGGCAGUGACCAGUUCAAUGUCCACUCUCGGGUUUUGGGCAAUGUGCUCUACCUGAUGUCUAGUGUUACGUCAAAGCCCGAGUCGCUGCCGGAGCUGGAGAAUCUGCUGCGCUCGUCACUUGUCUGA